AUUUGGUGGCUCGGCAUGGGCACUGUCAUUUCUGAAGUAAAUAAAGAUGGCCCCUGCUAAACCUGCUGCCAAGCCCGCCGCCAAGGCCGCGAAGCCUGCCGCCAAGAAGAUCGCUCGUCGCCAAAACGUUGUGUUGGCGCGUGGCAUCAAUGCCAUCUCGGCCAACUCGUUGGCAAAGUCGAACGGCCGCUUCAACGCCGCCGCCAAGGCCAAGGGUGGCGUCAAGAAGGUCGCUGCCAAGACCCUCCAAAACAAGAAGUGGUACCCCACCGACUACAUCCCGAAGCCUUUGCCCUCGGCCAAGACUGCCCGUAACUCGGUCAAGACUGCCAAGCUUCGUUCGUCGAUUACCCCCGGCACCGUCCUCAUCUUGUUGUCUGGUCGCUUCCGCGGCAAGCGUGUGGUGUUCUUGAAGCAAUUGGCUUCGGGCACGUUGCUCGUCACUGGUCCUUACAAGAUCAACGGUGUGCCGCUUCGUCGCGUGAACCAAGCGUUUGUCAUUGCGACGUCGACCAAGAUCGACAUCUCUGACGUGAAGCUCCCCGAAUUGACGGACGCGUCGUUCGCCAAGGAGAAGAAGACCCACGCCAAGAAGAGCGAAGACGAAUUCUUUGCCCAAUCCAGCACGGUAUGUACACGUGACAAUGUGUUGAUCAAACUCUGGUUGGCACGGGGAAGCGUCAUCAACCCAUCGCUCGGACGAUCUUGCCGCCGUCGGUCCCAUCUAGUUGAUGUGAACGAUGCCGGCAUGAUCGUCCGGACGGGGUGACGACCAAGUUCCCAACGGCGCUUGGAAUCGCCUUGUCCAAAGAUCCCACCUAACACGAUCUAACGUUGUGUCUGCAUAGACUGCCAUCGUGUCGGAACAGCGCAAGAAGGACCAAAAGGCCGUCGACGCCGCGCUUCUCAAGAAGAUCAACGCCACGGCGCACUUGAAGCACUACUUGAACGCCAAGUUCAGCUUGACCAAGAACGACCGCGUCCACGAAAUGAAGUUCUAAAUGCCUCGUCUAGACCUUUAGCGUUAGCAGAAUUUGACAGAACUAAGGACAGCCAUCUUUACUUCAC